AUGACAGCAACAAACAACAGCAACAGCAACUUUAUCAUUUCUGAUGAACAAGUUAUUGAUUCAUUAGCUGAGGAAUUAGUUGUGGCAGAAACUAAAACCCUCAACGAAAGAAUUGGUGAAAACAAGAUUGAUUUACAUAACUACCUCAAACAUGAUGGAGGAAGAGGAAGGAAAACUGGUACAGCUUUAUUAGUAAAUAAAAUUUCAAAUUUAACGAUUAUAGAUGUUGAUAUCAAUAAAUCGUACAAUGAUGAACUUAAAGAAACAGUUAGAAAAGACAUUUUAUCAAAACUUUCGGAUAAAGAUGUUAUCGUUAAAACCGCUUCAGGAGGUCUUCACAUUUAUUGCAACACUAAUUUCUUCUAUUCAGUUUCGAACAGAAUGAUUAAAUGUUAUUCCUGCAAUGAUUAUGAUAUCGAUAUCAUGACUUCUAUUGAUGAUUCAAAGCGUUCAUUAGUAGUUAUGGCUGAUUCAAGAGUUCGCAAGAAUGCAUCAGAACCAAUCAAUACAUACUCAUUCAUUCGUGGAAGUUAUGAUUCAACAUUAACUAGAACAGUGAAUGAUAUAUUAAAUGAUUUGAAUAUUAAGGUAAGAGUUGAACAGAAGAAUGAAGAAAUAAAGACUAUCAUGAAUGAAAACAAAGAUGUAAACAUUGACGAUAAACUUGCCCAGAGCAUAGUUGAUGGCAUUAGUGAUUUUGAAGUACAUAAUGAUGGUGGAAACAUGAAUUUAGAAAAAGAAAUAACAUUGUUCACACUGUUUCAAGCUAUUAAUUCGUUACCUAAUCAUUUAAUUAAUGAAGCAUACGAUAACGUUUAUAACUUCUGCAGUUUAACAGAAAAUGCAAAAAGUAAUUUUGAAAAAGCACGUAGUAGAUAUGCACAUUUAAUGACUUCUCCAUUUGUUUUAGUGAAGAUUCUAAAACUUUAUCAAAAGGAAUAUUAUGAUGAAUAUGUUUUACCUUUAUUACGUAAGCCAAAAAUAACAUUUGAUAUCAAACUUGAUGACUCGUUUUUGAUAACAGAUAUUAGACGCAAGGCUGAAAAUCAU